AUGCGAGAUCCUUUUCCACCACCGCCUCCUUGGCUCGUCGACCUGACCAAACCAUACGCCGAAGCCCUGUAUCUCCCGUCGCUGCCCUACCACAUUCACGAAGUCCUAUUCGCAUUCAUCCUGUACCAGUCGACGCAAUCGCUGUUCUCACCCGUGCUCUCCAAUCUCUUCUUUCCCAACAUCUACCCUAAACUGACACGACGCACGCGAAUCAACUGGGAUGUGCACGUGGUGUCGCUGCUGCAGUCAUGUCUGAUCAAUGGACUCGCACUGUGGGUCAUGUUCAAUGAUGAGGAACGAUACGAUAUGCGGCACAGUGCCGUCGAGCGCGUGUAUGGAUAUACAGGCGCAUCCGGGUUGAUUCAGGCGCUGGCGACGGGCUAUUUCGUUUGGGAUAUUGUCGUCAGCACCCGUUAUGUCAAGAUCUUUGGUCCUGGCAUCUGGGCCCAUGCCAUUACCGCCUUGUCGGUCUUUUCCCUGGGCUUUCGCCCAUUCUGCAAUUACUACGGACCAGUGUUCAUCCUAUACGAAUUGUCGUCGCCCUUUCUGAAUAUCCAUUGGUUCUGUGACAAGCUGAAUAUGACGGGCUCGAAACUACAGUGGUACAACGGCAUGAUGCUGCUGGCAAUGUUCUUCAGCUGUCGACUACUCUGGGGCACGUAUCAAUCUCUUCGAGUUUAUCAGGAUGUAUGGCACACGAUGCAUUUGAACACCACAAUACCGGUAUAUCGCGAAUUGCACGAGUCGGCACACUCUUCCAUCUUUGCUCCGAGAGACGGGCAGCUGUGUUUGGGCCAGGAGAGCUGCAUCCUAGCUCAAACGGAGGUGAUGAAGUUUGCGGGUACACACACCCAGGCCAUCCCAGUGUGGCUCGCGGGAGUUUACCUGGUUUCGAACCUGGUUCUGAAUUCUCUCAACUUCUACUGGUUUGGAAAGAUGAUCGAAACAGUCCGCAAGAGGUUUGAGGACAAGCCUACAGAUGACUUCAAGCGGAAUCGGAGAGCCAGUAUGGUGGAGGAGAUGGCUACGGAGCUGGACCACGAAACCUUGUCGGGACCGAAGACUCCAAUCGAGGAGAAGGCGAACGCACUUGCAACGGGUAAUGCUGUGGCGAAUGACAAGGCUGGGGUCAAAAGGCGAUGA